AUGGAACUGCCUGCCCAUCUUCGGAACUCGAUGCACAAGCAUCAACAACGAACGGCUCGAGCGCAAAAGAGUCGACCGUCGAUGCUGAUACAGCAGCCCAUGUAUUAUCGCGACGAGAGUACCACGGCGUAUCCGGGACAAGAAGACAAUCCGUACAAUCUCGACUUGGACGAAAGCGAAGAGGAAGACGACAGCUAUAGCUAUACCAACAGCGACGACGACGACGACAAUGAUUCGUUUGCCGGUGGCGGCUACGAGACGGAAAGUGACGAUGGCAAACUGUCGCCGGAAGAAGCACGGAAACGAGAAAUGGAAAAACAGCAAAAAAUUGGUGCCAAAGAACAUCAACGCGUCUUUCGCGCACGGCUCUUUGUGGUACUGCUCUUUCUAGGAACCGCCUGUGCCAAUGCACUCAUUGUCUAUUAUCUCAAUGUCAAUCAUGAAUACGAUGAUUACUAUUUUCAUUUCAAUGAAUUGGCCACGGAGAUUAUCCAGGGCACACAAGAGAAUGUCCGUGUCGUCUUUCAAGCCAUGGAUGCCAUGUCCGUGGCACUCACCACUCGAGUCGGCGACGAUCCCACUACCGCAUGGCCACUCGUUACCUUUCGCGAUUUUGCCAUUCUAGCCGAAAAUGUACGCAACGUUACAGGUGCUUGGCAAAUUGUCUUUGUGCCCAUUGUCAUGGAAUCCCAACGCCAAGCGUGGGAACAAUACUCGGUCGACAAUCAAUUCUGGGUACGAGAAGAAUUUCCGCUCAUUACCGAAGAUGCCUUUCACGAACGAUUGUUACAGGCGGCGUCUGCCAAUCAGAGUAGUAGCACUACUAGCAGUAGUGAGAUGAUGAGGAGGAUGCAGUAUUAUGAUGCACAACAACAACAAUCGCAAUACAUGCUCUAUGACGGCACAGAAUCCUUGAGAUAUCCCCCUCCAACCCCACAGCAAACACGACAAUCUUCACAACACAACAACGAGACAAAGCGACAACAACAAGAACAACAAGAAAGAACCAGACGACGACAACAAUACGUAGAACACAAUCUGCGUGGAGUGAUUCCGUCACGGAUACAUCCCGCACCCACACGGGAAGAACGACUCACACAAGGAAUGCACUAUGCUCCUGUAUGGCAAAUGUCACCCGUACCCUACUAUCGAGGAAUCAUUAAUCAUGACAUGUAUCGAGAACCGUCCUUUCAUCACAUGAGUCAUUACAUUCACGAUAACAAACAAGCCGUCAUUUCCAACCAACUCAAUGAUCCCAUCAUUCAACUAUUCGUCGAAGAACACAAUGCCCGCGAAAAUCCAUACGAUUAUUUCGAUGAGACCACCAGCACAACCACAUCUACCAGCAGCAGUAGUAACAUUUUUACCAGCAGCAAUCCGGAACACAGCAACCAACAAUAUCCUCCCACCGGUGUCUUGGUGCAACCCGUAUGGGAUUCUCUCAAUCCACUCACGGCAUCAGUGGCCGGAUAUCUCAUUGCCAUGAUCCCGUGGGAAACCUAUCUCGUCGAUUCCUUUCGGGCCGACAGCGAAGAAGCCGUGUUGGCACGAUAUCAAUGCGAGACAACAUCCGAGCAGGAAUCCUUAAAGUUCAAUUACAAGGCGCACGGGGGACAGAGUGUCACCUACUUGGGGCCCGGAGAUAUCUUUAAUGGAGAAUCCGAAUUCGAUUUCAACGUGGAACGAACCAUGACAUUUCCCAUCCAGCCACCGUCCUCGGUCGUUCGAGACGAUGUAUUGGAACAGCUCGUUCCGACAGUGACAAACUACACCAACGCAACAAACGGCACCAACGCAACAAACACCACUCAUGCCCCGCCAUUGUCGGAGUGUCGGAUUGAAAUCAAGUUUUAUCCAUCCGAGGAACUACGGACUCUGUACAUUACCACCAAUCCUGUGUACUAUGCCCUCAUGGUAUUGUCUGUUUUUGUACUAUUGGCGUUGGUGUUUUACAUUUACAAUUGUUUCGUGGAACGUCGACGAGGACGGGCCAUGGCGGUGGCGGAGAAAACGAAUCGAAUUGUCACCAGCCUAUUUCCCAGUCAUUUCGCCGAUCAACUCAUCUCGGAAGACAAAAAGAAGGAGAAAGAAAACAAGAAAAAGAAGAAGAAAAAGGUGGUCAUUGAGGAAGCUCCGACACGACAGUUGAAAAAGUUUAUGAAUGACAAGAAUAGCAAAAACAACUCAAGUAGUGUCGAAGGCUUGGGAUUCGGGGAAGGCGAUGGAGGAGAGACUCCAUUGUUUUUGGCCAACUCGAAACCCAUUGCGGAUUUGUUUCCCGAAACCACGGUGCUAUUUGCAGAUAUCGCGGGUUUCACUGCGUGGUCGUCGGUGCGCGAGCCCUCGCAGGUAUUCACACUGUUGGAAACUAUCUACCAAAAUUUCGACUUUCUGGCCAAGCAGUACGGAAUCUUCAAGAUUGAAACGAUCGGGGAUUGUUACGUUGCGGUUUGCGGGCUGCCAGAGCCACGAGCUGAUCAUGCUGUGGCCAUGUCCAGGUUUUCUAUUGCUUGUCUUCAAAAGAUGAAAGGGCUUGUGUCUGAACUGGAAGUGACACUGGGACCUGACACCGGAGACUUGACAAUCAGAACUGGACUUCAUUCUGGGCCAGUGACAGCUGGCGUUCUUCGUGGUGAACGAGCAAGGUUCCAGUUGUUCGGCGAUACAGUAAACACGGCUGCACGGAUGGAAUCAACGGGAAUGAGAGACAAGAUACAGAUUUCUCAAGAGACUGCUGAUUUGCUGGUAGGGGCUGGAAAGAGUCAUUGGUUGACGAAGCGAGAUGGAUUGGUUAAGGCGAAAGGUAAAGGUGAUCUUCAAACUUACUGGUUGAAACUCAGCUCGAUCGACCGUAGGGGCUCGAUAGGCGGUGAACGACGUAGGCAUUCGAUGGGCGGUCCCUCUCGCACCUCCAGUGUUCGAGACAGCUUUGGCGGUUGCAGCAGAGGCAGUGGUGCCAGCAGUAGACUGGACUCUUCUGAUCCGCGUCGGAUGAUGUCGGCCAACAGUGACCGGAAUGUCACUGGGAGCAGGCCCACCUCUGAGAUUGAGACUACCAGUUUGCUUGACAGGAAGGAUCUGCCAGUCAAACUAUCAAAGAAGCAACAGCGUCUGGUAGAGUGGAAUUGUGAAAUGAUACAACAACUGCUUCGCCAGAUUGUGGCGAGAAGAAACUUUUUAAAGAAUGCGUCCAAGCCAAUGCAUCUCCCAUUCACAGCCAUGAUGUCGGAUCUUCCCAAGUUCGGGGCGCCAAGGCAACAACAUCAGGGCGUGCCAUUGGAUGAGGUCGUUGAAGUGAUCAACCUACCGGAGUUCGACGUCGCAGCGUAUGUUGGCUCCACAGAUGCCAAGCACAUCCGACUGGACCCCGUAGUUGUGACCCAAUUGAAGAAGUUCAUCUCCCUUCUUGCCUCGAGAUAUCGCGACAAUCCUUUCCACAACUUCGAUCACGCAAGUCAUGUCGCCAUGUCUGUGGGAAAGCUCUUGACACGGAUUGUUGCUCCCGACCUUGCAUCUAUUAACGAACGACACGACAACAAUCACGAUAUUAGUAACAGUAUCCACGUCACCAAUGACAUGAAAGAUCUGCACGAUCAUACAUAUGGAAUCACGAGUGACCCGCUCACACAACUGGCAGUGGUGCUGUCCGCCUUGAUCCAUGACGCUGACCAUCGAGGAGUCCCGAACAACAUUCUUAUCAAGGAGGAACCCGAGAUGGCGGCCAAAUACAACAAUAAGAGUGUGGCGGAGCAGAACUCCGUGGACAUUGCCUGGGAGAUUUUUAUGGCUGACGACAUGAAGGAACUGCGGGAGACAAUUUGCCCAGAAUUCACGGAAUUGAGACGCCUUCGGCAGAUCAUCGUAAGCAGCGUCCUUGCAACUGACAUCUUCGACCCUGAACUCUCAGCCCUUCGAAAGGCACGCUGGAACAAGGCUUUCCAACAACAAAAGCCGAAGCGACUCUCAGAGAUGAUGACACCGUUCGACAAGAGGCGUUCUUCAUUCAACGUGACAGCGGUAGCCAUGAAUUCCAAUCCUCGACACGAGCCUCGACACGAGGUCAACCGAAAGGCAACAAUUGUUAUUGAGCAUUUGAUUCAAGCAUCGGAUGUUGCUCACACAAUGCAACAUUGGCAUAUCUACCAAAAGUGGAACGAGUGUCUUUUUAAGGAGAUGUACCAAUGCUACAAGCAAGGGAGGUCAGACAAAGAUCCUUCAGAAGGCUGGUACAAGGGUGAAAUCUGGUUUUUCGACAACUAUGUGAUUCCGCUAGCAAAGAAGCUCAAAGACUGCGGAGUAUUUGGGGUCUCUUCCGACGAGUACCUCAUCUAUGCCGAGCAGAACAAAGCUGAGUGGGAAGAAAAAGGCGAAGCCAUAGUGGCAAGCAUGCUGGAGAAGUACGGAGAUGCAGUUGAUCGCGCGGCGCUUGGGUACGAGUAG